UCUACUUCUCACUGCAGAGCCCAGCUCCCUGAAGAAGGCCCACCUCAGUCCAGUCCUUCACUGAGGGCCCAAUGGCGGUUGAAGCAGCUCUGGCAGGACUCCGGGCAGAGGUCAACUGUCCCAUCUGUCUGGAUGACCUGAGAGACCCUGUCACCAUCGAAUGCGGGCACAACUUCUGCCGCCCCUGCAUCCAGCAGUCCUGGGCUGACCUACAGGACAGGUUCCCUUGCCCUGUGUGCCGUCACCCGUGCCAGGACAGGCACUUGAGGAGCAACACCCAGCUGGGAAGGAUGGUCGACAUUGCCAAGCUCCUCCAGAUCACCAGGAGCAAGAAGAAGCGUCAGCAAGAGAGGCACUUGUGUGAGAAGCACAGCCAGGUCCUGACCCUCUUCUGUGAGGAGGACCUAGAGGUGUUGUGUCCCCUGUGCACUGAGCCCCCUGACCACCAGGGCCACCAGGUGAGGCCCGUGGAGGAGGCUGCCGCUCAUCACAGGGAAAGGCUCGGCAGUUACAUCGAGCCCCUGAAGAAGCAGGUGGAAGACGUUCAGAGGUUAAUAAGCAUUCAAAACAAAAAACCCUUAGAACUGAGAGAGAAGGUGGAAAACCAAAGGCUGGAAUUACUCUCUGAAUUUGAGCACCUGAGGCGGUUUUUAGACCGUGAUCAAGAAGUAGUUCUGUCAAGGUUAGCUGAUGAAGAAAAGGCUAUUGAAAAGAAACUCAGCGCUAAUAUAACCGCCUUUUCAGAGUACAAUUCCACACUCAAAGGUCUACUAAGUAAGGCGAUCGAGAGCAGCGUGCUGCCGGAAGUGGAACUGCUGCUACAAAUGAAAGAUUUCUACAAGAACUCGGAGCAGUUCAGCCCAUCGAUCUUUGCCGUUCAGUUAAGGAGAGACGGCUGCAGUUUUCCUUUCCAGUAUUCUGCUUUGCAGAAAAUCACAAAGACAUUUAGAGUAGAUGUAAUUCUAGACCCUGAAACGGCACACCCUCACUUGAUUGUCUCUGAGGAUAAAAAAUGUGUGAAAUAUACAAAGAGAAAACAAAACGUUCCUGAUUUUCCAAAAAGAUUUACAGUCAACACAGUUGUCCUGGGCUUUCCGUAUUUUCACUCCGGCAGGCACUUCUGGGAGGUGGACGUGGGAGAGAAAUCCAAGUGGGCUGUCGGGGUUUGCAGAGACUCUCUGUCCACAAGGUCGAGGAGGAGCCCGUCGGCCUCUCGGGGCUGCUGGAAGGUUCAGUGGCAGGGAGCUGGCUAUGACGUGCCCAGAGCUGGCACAGCCCGCUUCCUGGCAGCAGAGAAGCCUAGAAGCAUUGGCAUUUUCCUGGACUAUGAGAUGGGCGAGAUCUCAUUUUACAACAUGACUGACAAAUCUCAUAUCUAUAGUUUCACGGACACUUUCAAUCGACCUCUCAGGCCUUACUUCUACAUAGGACCCGAUUCAAAACCUCUCAGAAUCUGCGCAGGAACAGACUGAAUGAACACUUUCUAAUAGACUGGACCAGUUUAAUAGUUGUCUUUUUUUGUUUGCUUUUUUAAUGGAAGGUGGGUAUUAAUACAAC